AACGCUUCCACCUUCUGGUGACGCUACUGCGGUGGAUUGUGGGACAUGGAGGAAGGAAGGAAGUGUAGGUCAGGCUAGAAACAGCAACAUGUCCGUAGCUAGCCUCACGUCCUUGAGCCGCUGUGGGGGUUUGGCUUUCCGCUCAUCAACUGGUCUAGUGGCAGUGCGUUGCGCGCAGACAGCAGCCGCUCCAGCAGCACAGCCUCGGAUUAAGAAGUUCCAGGUGUACAGAUGGGACCCAGACACUCCAGGAGACAAACCUCGCAUGCAGACCUUCGACAUCGACCUCAACACAUGUGGACCUAUGGUACUUGAUGCCCUAAUUAAGAUCAAAAAUGAAAUGGACCCCACAUUGACUUUCCGCCGCUCCUGCAGAGAAGGUAUCUGUGGAUCGUGCGCAAUGAACAUCAAUGGUGGGAACACGCUGGCCUGCCUCAACAAGAUUGACACGAACAUCAGCAAGCCAACCAAGAUUUACCCCCUUCCACAUAUGUAUGUGGUCAAAGACCUGGUGCCUGACAUGAGCAACUUCUAUGCUCAGUACAAGUCCAUUGAGCCGUACUUGAAGAAGAAGGAUAAGUCCCAGGAGGGGAAGGAGCAGUACAUGCAGUCUGUGGAGGACAGGCAGAAAUUGGAUGGGCUGUACGAGUGCAUCCUUUGCGCCUGCUGCAGUACCAGCUGCCCCAGCUACUGGUGGAAUGGUGACAAAUAUCUCGGACCCGCCGUGCUCAUGCAGGCCUACCGUUGGAUGAUCGACUCGCGGGACGACUUCACAGAGGAGCGUCUGUCCAAGCUGCAGGAUCCGUUUUCUCUUUACCGCUGCCACACCAUCAUGAACUGCACCAAGACGUGCCCCAAGGGCCUGAACCCGGGGAAAGCCAUAGCGGAGAUCAAGAAGAUGAUGGCCACCUAUCAGGAGAAGAAAGCAGCUGCUGUUUGAAGACCCAGGUGUCCUGUGUACCAUAUAUCAUUAAAUUAUAAACAAUUGAUUCUAAAACCUG